GUAGACUGCGCAGAAGUGCUCACCCGAAGACGUGUGAAUCAGCGCUGGUGCGACAUGCUGCGAGUAACAACCCUCCUCUGCCUCGCCGCCCUGGCGCUGGCCAGACCUCAGUUUCACGAAGAUCUGACGGCCGAAGACCUGGCCCACUACUUUGGUGUUCAAAGUUCGGACGAAGUCCCAGAGUACGAGAUCGUCUCUCCAUCUCUACACUCCAGUGGGCGGACACGGCGCUCAGCUGACGGAAAGGAGGUCAACUCUCUCCAGUACAAACUCAAGGCGUUUGACGAGGACUACCAUCUCAAGGUGGACCACAAUGUGGACCUGCUCCCUGCGGAGUUCCACGUCACGUUUAUCGGUGAGGACGGCGAGCAGAGAGAGACGCCGCUGGACAGUCACUGCUACUACAUGGGAGAACUGCUGUCUCACAAGCACUCUGUGGUGGCCGUCAGCACCUGCGAGGGAUUGGCCGGUGUACUGACCCAUGAUGACGUGACCCUGUUCAUCCAACCGUUGAAGAAGGAGCACGCGGAGAAGCGCCGCUCCCGCAGGUCGACUGACACCCAGGAGGAGAAGGAACACAUCGUCUACAAGCAGGCCAGGAACCUGGGACAAACUGACUACAUGAAUGACUACGACCUGGACAAUGACAUGCCGCAGGCCGCGGAGCCCCGUCGUGAGGAGGAGGUGGUGCACUUCACGGACGUGUACCCGGACGGAGACCUGGGCAGGCUGGACAACACCUUCGGCGCGCACCUGCAGGUGGAGCAACACGAGGACGGAUCCAUCACUGUCCACCAGAAGCCAAACGUCACUCAGCAGGAGAACGAGCCGCUUACCCCCGGGCUGACCGAGCUGGGCCCGCCGCCCAAACCUGAGGUGGAGGAUCCCCGCCCAAUCCAGUUCGUCAGGGCAAGCGCCCCUGAAAAGAUGUCCCGCAGCAUGGACUUCACGACAAACGGCGAUGAGAGCGGGUUCCGUAACAACUACCGCCCGUACGUGGAGAUGAUGAUCGUGGCAGACAAGUCCAUGUACCAGUACCACGGCUCUAACGUGCAGAACUACGUCCUGACAGCCAUGAACGUGGCUGCCAGCCUGUACCGCGACGGAACCAUCGGCACCGACAUCUCCCUUCACGUGGUCAAACUCAUCGUCCUGGAGACAGACCAGUCUGGACUGUCCAUCUCUAACGAUGCCACGACCCUGCUGGACAGUUUCUGUUACUGGCAGCAGCAGCACCAGCCCGGUGAGAGCGACCAUCAGCAUUACGACGUGGCUACUCUCAUCACCAGGACUGACCUGACCCGGUACGGCGAUCCUGGUAUCCUGGGUCUGGCCAAGCUGAGCGCCGCCUGUGUGGACUCCCGUCACUGCUCCGUCAACGAGGACUCCGGUCUCCACGUCGCCUUCACCAUUGCUCACGAGACUGGCCACAAUCUGGGAAUCCGCCACGACGGAGACGGUAACUCCUGCGGAGACUCUGUGAACGUCAUGGCCACCUCCAGCGUGUCAGGCACCAGCGCCUACGAGUGGUCCACCUGCAGCGCCACCCAGCUCGAAGACUUCCUCAGCACCUACCAAGCACAGUGCCUGUUCGACCGGCCGACCUAUUCCGGCAUCACCAUGGAUCCCAACAUGAAGCCCGGUCAGACCUACACCGCCGACGACCAGUGCCGCCUGGCGUACGGCGGGAACGCCUACAAGUGCCGCUUCGACCCCACCGGCGGGAACGGCGACCUCUGCGCCAAGCUGUUCUGUCACGUCACUUCCGACAUGAGCUGUAGCUCGAACAAGCAGCCGAUGUUGGACGGCACAGCAUGCGGAGACAGGCAGUGGUGUGUCCGUGGCACCUGUGUGGCGUACGGAACCAACGGCCCCCAGGCUGUGGACGGAGGGUGGUCCGCCUGGGAGACCAGCUGGGGCACCUGCAGCCGUACCUGCGGUUCCGGUGUGCAGUUCAGGAGGCGCUACUGCAACAACCCCGAGCCCCAGCACGGAGGUGCUCCUUGUUCCGGAGAUGACACCAUGUUCCAACUGUGUAACACCCAGCCGUGUGCAGUGUCUCAGUCCGAGUUCCGUGCCCAGCAGUGCGCGGCCACCAACAACCAGCCUUUCAAUGGGCAGUUCUACACAUGGGAACCGUACAUGGCACUUCCAGGGGACUACCUGUGCCAGUUCUACUGCUUCUCUCCCGAGGCUCGCAUCUACACUUCCCGCGGUGACAAGUACAUCGACGGCACCAGGUGUAACGACCAGAGCGACUCUGACAUCUGUGUGGAGGGACAAUGUGUCACCUUCGGUUGCGAUGGGCUGCCUAACUCCGGAACUGUGUUUGACCGCUGUGGCGUGUGUGACGGAAACGGAAACACCUGCCAGCCCAUGUCCGGAACCUACACCGCCGGCCAGAAGAACCAAUAUGUUACCUUCCUGACAUUGCCACCCGGAUCCACCGCUGCCAGUGUUACAGAAGCCAACUACUGGUGCCAUUUGGCCGUGAGGGUGAACGGUAGGUAUGCCUUCAGCGGCAACGGCGUCCAGGCCAACAGUGGUCAGUACCUCGUGGACGGACUGAACAUCGUCUACACCAAGAGUCCAGAAGAGUUGACCAUCGCUGGCCCUGUCCCUGCUAACACACUGGUGGAGAUCCAGGUGUACCGUCACUACCUCGACACAGAGUUCGUAGGUGUGGCCCCGCAGGUCGAGUUCUCCUACCUCGGCCCCAUCUAUCACUCCUUCUCCGGCAGCGAGGAAGUCAUCUCUUUUGCGGCGGUCGAGUAUGUCUGGGAUAGCACCUGGAGGGAGUGUUCCGAAUCAUGUGGAACAGGUACCCAGAGCCUGUUCGUCCAGUGUGUGAGGAACGAUGACGGCUCCAGGGUGGAUGACACCUACUGUGAGGCAGGGAACAGACCAUCAGCCCAGACCCGCAGCUGCAACCUGCAGGCCUGCCCAGCAUUCUGGAACACGGGAAGCUAUGGCGCCUGCUCUGCCACCUGUGGCGGCGGUACUCAGACCAGACUCGUGCAGUGCAUGAGGAAUAACGGGCAGGUCGAUCAGGUGGUGUCCGACUCCGAGUGUAAGACAGCCAAGCCCGCCACCACCAUGUCCUGUAACACCGAGGCCUGCCCGGGCGUGUGGGUGGCCACAACCUGGACAAGUUGCUCAGUGACCUGUGGGUUCGGACAGAUCACCCGUACUGUGACCUGCCGCCCGGACAGCAACUCUCCUUACGUCAUCGAAGCCAGCAACUGUGACUCCAGCUCCAAGCCUCCGGAGGUCCAGACCUGCUACACCGGGCAGUGCCCCGCCGUUACCCAGCGUCCCGUCACCACCACCACCCCUGCUCCUGCCGGCGGAUGGGCUGAAGGAGGACAGUUGACCGGAUGUGACGUGCAGGCCACCUACCUGUCCGGCACGGUCAGCCGUGUUGGUCACCAGACGAACGGAGCCACCUGUUCUCAGGCGCUGGUCGUGCCUCUCGGCAAGGUCAUGACCAUCAAGUUUGAGUUCCUGAACAUCGACUGCACACAAGGAGAGUACUUCGCCAUUGUGGACGGCGGCAGCAUCAUGCGUUACUGCGGCACCACCCUGUACCCAGACUACACCUCCAAGUCUAACGUCCUGUACGUGCAGCACGCCACCAAGUCCGGCACCUUCGGGCACGGCUACAGGCUGUCCUUCACCAGCGCUGACUCCGGAACACCAGUACCUUCUUGUGAGUACCAGAUCACCCAGCCGACAGGCACCAUCCAGGCCCCCAACUACCCGAACGAGUACGACAGCAACUCCCGCUGUAAGUGGUACAUCAACGUCAAGCCUGGGACCACCGUCAACAUCAACGUCCUGGACUUCGAGGUCGAGUACGAGGCCAACUGUGGCUACGAUGACUUCAAGAUCGUCGACAGCGUGAGCGGACAGUUCGAGCGCUACUGCGGCGCCCGGACUCCCUUCACCUUCCAGUCCACCGGCAACCGGGUGGUCCUCGAACUCAACUCGGACGGCAGCGUGGGCAAGAAGGGCUUCCGCCUGUCCUACACCUCCGCCUGAAGCGGCACUUCGGAAGGACUCAUGGAAUAUGGACAAAGACAGUCAACCCAUUUGGGACCAAUGGUUUAUUCCUCAACAUCGACGACAGAAAAGUCACAAAGCAGCUAAUCAUGCUAACUUCUUCAACCAUAAAUUGAUCGGUAUAAAAAGCAUCACAGUUGGUAAAAUUCUUUCAAGUUGACUCGUCUUGUUGUCUUCGGAUGUUUUAUUUUUCAAUCCAUAGAUUCAAUGAUCGUGAGCACUUUUGGCACAGUAUACCUCUUGUUUGUAAGCACUAUUUUUGGCACUUUAAACCUCUCGUUUUCAUACUGUUUGUUCCUAUGCAAUGGUCGUUUGGAAAUGAUAGUAAUAUAUUGAUACACAUAGUGGGUGGUUAUAGCUUAUGCUACCUUUUAUGAAAAGGAAGGACAAUCAGAUGCGAUGUUUCUGUAAUAGUAUAGUGUUUGGCAAAAUACGAUUCUUCUAUCACAUACAAGUAUAGGAAUGGUCUUUCACCUGUGUGCAUUAUAGUUAAAAAUACAUGUACCUUGUCCAUUUUGAUAAUAUGACUAUAGCGUCAAGUCUUGAAAUUCGUACCCGACGACAGAUUCUAUGUUGUGAAAUAGAUGUUAUAAUUUUGAAUUAUUCAAACACACAAAAAAUAUGUUUAUAUGGAUGUAACGAUGUGAGUUUGCUGUUGUUGAGAAACAAAGUUUCGACAUUGUCCAUUUCUUGUGGAUGUAUUUUGGAACAUUUUAUUCAGGAGCGAGAUUAAAGACUACAUGUCAGUAAACAAA